AUGUGGUUUGUUUGCAUUGCAAUUAUUCUAGACUCCAAAGUUAAAGUGUGGUCACUGGACAUCUCAACCAGCGUGUACCAUGUCUACAACCAAAGUGAAGUCCUCAUGUUGCCUCUUGGUAAACAGUUCACAAACAGAAACCUGGCAUACUGUGCCAGUCAGUGUUUGGCCACAAACACAACAUGUUCUAGUUUCGCCUACAACAAAGUUACAAGAACAUGCUCAUUAGGCUCAAGACUUAUACCACACAACAACACAGAAAAGUUGAAAAACACGCAAAUUUAUUCUGUUGGAGUAAUGUGCAAGAGUCAAACAGUAACAAACAGAUGCUGUGAUUCAAAAUGUCCAGAGUAUAAUGUAAAAAUUGAACAGAACCCGGUAUUCGAUCCUUUCAACACGAAAACUUACAACUCAUGUCGUGAUGUCAUCAGCAACGAACCAAGAAAGGUCGUGACCCUUACAUCCGGGUUAGUCGUCAUGUGUGACACAGUGACAGACGGUGGAGGAUGGACCAUCUUCCAAAGACGUGUCUCUGGGACCGUAGAUUUCUACCGCGGCUGGGAGGAGUACAAACACGGGUUUGGGGAUUACGACAUUGGGGAAUUUUACCUGGGCAACGAAAAUAUUUUCUGUCUGACUUCUAAAGCUGCCCACGAGCUACGGGUUGAUCUAGUCUACAAAGGAAACUUCUACGCCAAAUACUCUAGCUUUAAAUUGUCCAACGAGUCUGAAGGCUACAAGCUUUCAAUUUCUGGUUACUCUGGCAACGCUGGGGAUUCUAUGUCAUAUCAAAAUAACUUUUUGUUUACCACAUUUGAUAAAGAUAACGAUGCAGUAUAUUAUAACUGUGCGGUUGAGUUCACGGGAGCUUGGUGGUACAAUGAUUGUCAUAAAUCAAACCUCAAUGGACAAUGGGGGAACAAAAUAUUUGGUCAAGGCAUGAACUGGCUGACUAUUACUGACUACAACGACAAUGUAUUGGUUUCGGAAAUGAAGAUCAGGACACAAGCUUAG